UUUGUGUGUGUGUGUGUGUGUGUGUGUGUGUGUGUGUGUGUGCGUGUGGGAGGGGGGGGCAGGCAGAAAAAACACGUAUACACUUUGGAAUGUUUGCAAACGGAGACAAAAGAGAUUUUUGUUGAAAGUAAGGCGACUUUUGCGCGGUGAUGUGUGCGGAUGUGAAGUACUGGUCAACAACGCUGCUCAACCCAAACGGGACAGAAGAGAGGCGCUGAGGGGGAUCCGAGUUUACCGGCGUCAAGUUUGACAAGGGAGGGGAGGGCAGGGGAGGGGGGAGUUUUGCAACAACAACAAAAAAGACGAAGGAAUUCUGUUAACUUCUCAAUUUGCAGGAGCUUCUCUAAACCAUGGCGAAAAAGUAUGAUUUUCUGUUCAAGUUGCUGCUCAUCGGGGACAGUGGAGUCGGCAAAACAUGUCUGAUCAUUCGCUUUGCUGAGGACAAUUUCAACUCCACCUACAUCUCAACUAUCGGCAUCGACUUUAAAGUUAAAACGAUUGAAGUGGACGGAAAGAAAGUGAAACUGCAAGUAUGGGACACGGCGGGGCAAGAGAGGUUUAAGACCAUCACCACAGCCUACUACAGAGGAGCCAUGGGCAUCAUCCUGGUGUACGACAUCACAGACGAGAAAUCCUUCGAAAACAUCCAGAACUGGAUGAAGAGCAUCAAAGAAAAUGCAUCCGCAGGGGUGAGUCGAAUGUUGCUUGGUAAUAAGUGUGACAUUGAAGCAAAGCGCAAAGUUACCAAGGAGACAGGAGAAAAGCUGGCUAAGGAUCACGGCAUCAGGUUCUUUGAAACCAGCGCCAAGUCCAGUAUUAAUGUUGAGGAGUCCUUCUUGUCGUUGGCAAGAGACAUACUUCACAAAUCCAGCAAGAAACCUGGUCCCACAGGCCGUGAGGUGAAGAUCACCAGCAGCACACAGAAAAAAACUUCCAAAUGUGCUCUUCUCUAGACACGGGAACACACACACACACACACACACUGUGCCAGUUGCCCUUCAAUUUAAAGGAACACAUCAUUAUGAAUCUGACACACAACUAGUCUCAUGUCUCCAUCUGCUGGCGCAUGUCACCAAUAUGUAUGGCACAUUUCUUGAUCUUUGCAGUGUCUCCACACAAGUGCAUUGGAUUCCAUUUCCCAUCAUAAAACUGUAGGUGGCAAAUCAUUUCAACAAGGAUUUUUAAUCCGUUCCACACAUUUCUACUUGUAGCCUGUGCAAUAUGUGUUACCACCCUAUCACCAAAUGCUAAAACAGAGGACAAGUGAGUGUUUGUGAGAUGCGAUUGUGUUGUUUUUAAGACGCUCCCAAUGUGGCCUCCAACAUGCUCAACUACCUGUUACUCUUGAUGUGGGCCUUGAGCAUUUCAUUCAUUCAUGUUACGUUUAGAAUCAAGCACAAGUAGCAAAUAGAGGGAAGGUAAGACAUCAUGAAACUAAAUAUGUGAAAAAGUAAACAUUAUAUGAAAAGACUGGUUAUGUGGACGUUUGAGGCAGUCAUAAGUGCAACAUAGAAGAUGUGAGGAGAGAUGAUGGAUGAAGCAAGUGAAUGAGUCAGAUGUGUGAUUUGUGAGACCGUUUGAGCAAUUUCCCGUUCACUCAAAAGUACUGGGAUGACAGCACCUCACCAUUUUUCAAAAACACAUCCUGCAUCUUGUUAGGCUUCACUAUAUUUGGAUUUGGUUUGUGGUCACACUUGUGGUAUUAAAAAAUUAACAAAAAAUGAA